AGGCCAAACAAUUUCUAUCAGAGAAGCACGGGAUGUGAGUGAUGGUGAGACUUCGCUUUGCUUUAUAAGCUUAACCUCUACUUCUUUGUCAUAUACUCCGUGAAAGAUUUUACACCAGAAAAAAUAUUGGCGACAUAUAUGUUUCAGAUGAUUGACUAUAUAUAUGGGCCAGUCUAUAUAUGCAUCAACAAUACUACUGAUCGAUGAUAGUCCCACCGCUGGUGUUUUUGAGAAAUUUGAGCUCGAUCAAGUCUGUUCGUUUUUCAUGGCCAAAGUUUGUUGCUCCAUUGAGAUGGAACCUAGGACCUUGAGUCAAGUACAACUCAACCAUGCUAGGGAAAUGGCUGAAGAUGUGGUUCAGAAAAUGGAAUCAAACGAAGCCUCAGCUACAUUCAGUGAGGGAUUGAGACCGAUUGGUUCAGAGACACAGGUGGACCAUGUAAAUAUUGCUGAAGCGGGUGAAGAACCACAGAAUAAGCUAAUUCUGGAGUCGGAGGAGGCUCAACUGUAUGAAAGAUCAUGCCAAUGCUUGUGUGCUGCUGCCAAUAUUGAAACCCCAGAUCAAGAAAAGCUUAAGGAACCCCUCUCGGCCCCAUUUUGAAAGCCUUAUAGAACGUUGUACGUGUAGCAUAUCAUGGUCACAUAUUCUAUGCCUUUAGUACUCAACCUGAUUCAACUACUGUGUAUAAGGAAAAUGUUUGAGAAGGCAAUCGUGCAUGUACGCCACUAUUAACGAAUUCACAUAUACAAGAAUUUUUUUUUUUUCCUUCUCUCCCAACCAUGAUGAACGUCAAGGACUCAAGGCUUAGGUAGACCCUGGGCCUCAACUAUGAUCUAUGUAGAUGUAAGAUUGGCUCCUUCCUAUUGAGACGAUUAAUUCGUUUUAAUUUUAAAUUAUAAGUUAAGUUCUGAUGUAUAACAAACAAGUUGUUACAUCAACUUGAGAUAGUUACCUGAAAACAUGUUUGCAAGAGAAAUAAUGAAAUUGUUCAUACUCUUACUAGAAGGAGUUUGAAGAUGGUGCAA